GGCCCUAUCGACACUCCAUGUUGAUUGUUUGAAUCCUACACAAUCAUCUUAAUUCCACUUCAAGUAACAUAUAUAAAAGGCCAUUAGAGUGUCUUAUCAAAAUCACCCCAAAGUCCCAAACCUUUCUUCUGACUCCGAAAUCACCAUGUCCCUUCUAGUUCUAGUUGUAUUCAUAGCGACCAUAACCCAAUGUUUGGUUUAUUCCUCUGCAGAGCUUCAGUCGUUUGAACAUGCACCUAAACCAGAUGGGUCUCUAAGCUUCUUGGUGAUUGGAGAUUGGGGAAGAAGAGGUGGUUACAACCAAUCUCAAGUUGCAUUGCAGAUGGGUUAUAUUGGAGAACAAUUGGACAUCGAUUUUGUGAUUUCCACAGGCGACAAUUUUUAUGACAAUGGCUUGAAAGGCAUAGAUGAUACAUCCUUUCACCAUUCAUUCACCAAAAUCUACACUGCUCCAAGCUUGCAGAAGCAAUGGUACAAUGUUUUAGGAAACCAUGACUAUAGAGGCAACGUUGAGGCACAGCUGAGCCCUGUUCUUACAAAUCUUGACAAUAGAUGGUUUUGCUCAAGAUCCUAUGUGGUCAAUACAGAAUUUGUAGAGUUUUUCUUUGUAGAUACUACGCCGUUUGUGGACAAAUAUUUUACAGAACCUGAGGACCAUGUUUAUGAUUGGAGAGGCACAUGGCCUAGAAAACAAUACAUUUCCAACCUCCUCAAGGAUUUGGAUUUGGCUUUAAAACAAUCAAAUGCAAAGUGGAAGAUUGUGGUAGGUCACCAUACAAUUAGAAGUGCUGGUCAUCACGGUGAUACUGAAGAGCUUGUAAACCAACUCCUCCCAAUUCUUGAGGCAAACGACGUUGAUCUUUUCAUGAAUGGACACGAUCACUGCCUACAACACAUAAGCAGUCUUAACAGUCCAAUUCAAUUUUUGACUAGUGGUGGAGGGUCAAAGGCAUGGGGAGGUGAUGUGAGCUGGUUGAAUCAAGAAGAGAUGAAAUUCUAUUACGAUGGUCAAGGAUUCAUGUCUGUGCAUGUUAUUCAAACUGAACUGAAUAUAGCAUUCUAUGAUGUCUUUGGCAAUGUUUUACACAAAUGGAACACCUCUAAGCAGCUUCAUUCAACCUUGUGAACUAGCACCAAAACAAAGCAGGGGCAUAAAAACAAGAAUGAACAAUUAUUGUAAAUUGCCUUUAAUUGGAUCAUUUGGUUUGGUUUUGAUUUGAUACUUUGCAAUAUUAAUUUAUUAAAAUGAUGCAAGUAUUUGUAUGCUAGUCGUUUAACUUAUUAAUUGAAAUAAAGAACAUUAUUAAUAAUCGGAAUGUUGAAAAGGAGUUCAUUGGACCACA